AUGCAAGUGAAAGUUGUCCUUCCACACGCCUUCAAUCGCUCAAGUUCUUCAGAGACUCUUAGAGAUAGAGCCUCUGAGGCACUGUUCUUAAGUUUAUGGGUUUCGCUGCUGGAGAAGCGAUCAGGUUUGCAUUGGGUAAUUGUUUGUUUUCGAGUUCCAGCCAAAAACAUCAAAUUUAACCUUCUCUUUGGUAACCUAGCGUUCGUCUUGCAUGGCUUAAUUUUGGCGGUGAAUGUUCUCUGCAUGGAGUCAGAGGUAUUUGCUCGAUAUCAGAAAAUUACAGAGAAACACACCAGUGAAAAUGCAGGAACAGGACAGAACGAGAACGGAAACAAAACAGUACAAAACGAGAACGAAAACAAAAACGAAAACGAAAGCAAGAAAACUGCAGAAACAAGGCAGAUAAACUACGAAAAGCUACCUGGUCAUGCGUUGUGGUGUCCCGAUAUUUCUCUACAUCUCGAAGAUAUCCGCGUUCCUUCGGAUGGUAAUUAUCCCAAAAUUAUUUCUGCCGAAGCAAAGAUGAAGAAGUUUAGUUUUUCCAUUCCUUACGCCUUUGCCUGGGCCCUCUGUUUCGAAGGAAUGUUUUCUACACUUUAUCAUCUCGAUACAGCUUUUAUGUUUGUCAUGGCAAGUUUAAGUGUGAUGCUGAUGUACAACGGAAUUGAAACAACGCCGUGCACUGAAGCUGUACACGCAAAGAGGCUCGUAGAAGCAGCAACCUUCUUUCUUUUCUUCCUGGUUCCUAUUUUCGUAUUGAAUUAUUUUGGAACCGUGUAUCACUCUAAAGCGGGACUCACCAAAGCAAUCCUAUUUUUUUUAUACGAAGCAACAACAGAUAAGAGUAAGUCUCCUGAGAAAUCUCGUGAUCUAAACAAGGAAUGUGCUUGGGCAAAUUUUUUUGACGAUCAUGACAAGUGGCACAUUUUAUCCUCCUUUGGUUUGUUCAUGGGGGCGCUUAUGUUGAUUCAUUUAAGCUAUAAAUUACCAAAGAUGUCUUCUGGUACCCCUCCUGAACCUAAAAGUCGUCCGCCCCCGGAAAGUCUAAGGUCCGUAGUGUUAUGA